GCUCGAGGCGGGCGGGCGGGCGGACUCGCUCUCUCUCGCUCUCUCCCUCCAUCCUGGUACUUGGGCGCCUCCAUCCUGGUUUCUCAAGUGCCCGGACCCAAAACAGGAAAUUUGAGUAUGAGCACAGUUGAAGAAGAAUCUGACACAGUGACAGUAGAAACCGUGAAUUCUGUGACUUUGACCCAAGACACUGAAGGAAACCUUAUUCUUCACUGCCCUCAGGAUGGUAUAGACAACUGUUAUUUGACUAGGCAGAUGAAGUAGACUCCGAAGAUAGUGUUGAACCUCCACAUAAAAGGCUUUGCUUAUCAUCUGAAGAUGACCAGAGUCUUGAUGAUACGACUCCAUGCAUUUCUGUUGUUGCCGUUCCAAUUUCAGAAAGUGACCAGAGCUUUGAGGUGACUAUGACAGCUACCACUGAGGUAGCUGACAAUGAGGUCAACGAAGGGACUGUGACUCAGAUCCAGAUUCUCCAGAAUGAACAACUGGAUGAAAUCUCUUCUCUAGGCAAUGAAGAAGUGUCAGCAGUUAGUCAGGCCUGGUUUACAACCAAAGAGGAUAAGGAUUCAUUAACAAACAAAGGUCAUAAAUGGAAACAGGGAAUGUGGUCGAAAGAAGAAAUAGACAUUCUGAUGAGCAACAUCGAACGCUAUUUAAAGGCACGUGGAAUAAAAGAUGCCACUGAAAUCAUCUUUGAGAUGUCAAAGGAUGAAAGGAAAGAUUUCUACAGGACCAUUGCAUGGGGUCUGAACAGGCCUCUCUUUGCUGUUUAUAGACGAGUACUUCGCAUGUAUGAUGAUCGAAACCACGUUGGCAAGUACACUCCUGAUGAAAUUGAAAAGCUCAAGGAGCUACGGAUAAAGCAUGGCAAUGACUGGGCGACUAUUGGAGCUGCCCUCGGAAGAAGUGCUUCUUCAGUAAAAGACCGGUGCAGACUGAUGAAGGACACCUGCAAUACAGGGAAGUGGACAGAAGAAGAAGAAAAGAGACUGGCGGAAGUGGUACAUGAAUUAACCAGCACAGAGCCUGGGGACAUUGUCACGCAAGGAGUGUCUUGGGCUGCUGUGGCAGAGCGAGUCGGGACGCGGUCUGAGAAGCAGUGCCGUUCCAAAUGGCUCAACUACCUAAACUGGAAACAAAGUGGAGGCACCGAGUGGACUAAAGAAGACGAAAUAAACCUAAUCCUGAGAAUAGCAGAGCUAGAAGUAUCUGAUGAAAAUGAUAUCAACUGGGAUCUGCUGGCCGAAGGAUGGAGCAGUGUGCGCUCACCCCAGUGGCUUCGUAGUAAAUGGUGGACAAUCAAAAGGCAGAUUGCAAACCACAAAGAGGUUUCGUUUCCUGUUCUUAUAAAAGGUCUGAAACAGCUUCACGAAAGCCAGAAGAACACUGCAGGGCACCAGCUUUCAGAGACAAAAACUUUACCUGGGUUGGCAAAUGCUCAUUCCGGUUCUGGGGUUCAGCAUGUGCAGAUUCGAGUAGCUCGCUUGGAUGAGAAUUCAGGCAAUUCUCCAAGCCCCAUGGCAGCUUUGCAGAUUCCAGUUCAGAUUACCCAUGUCUCUUCUGCAGAUUCCCCUGCUGCUUCUGUUGACUCUGAGACGAUAACUCUAAAUAGUGGGACACUACAGACCUUUGAGAUCCUGCCAUCUUUCCACCUGCAGCCCACGGGGACUCCUGGCACGUAUUUACUCCAGACAAGCUCCACCCAAGGCUUGCCUUUGACACUGACCACCAGCCCAACAGUGACCCUCACAGCUGCCACGGCACCAGCCUCACCAGACCAGAUCAUCGUCCACGCUUUAUCCCCAGAACACUUGCUGAACACCAGUGACAAUGUCACGGUACAGUGCCAUGCGCCAAGUGUCAUAAUCCGCACUGUUGCAGCAGAAGAGAUUUCUCCCUCCGUAACCCAGGCAGAACUUGCUGUUGAUUCAGACAUUCAGCCAGUUAAUCUGGUGGACCCUCCAACAGCUCUGGAAGCAGAUGCCUUUCCAGAGAACAUCCAUCAACCCAAGCUGGCUGUGGAUGAGCAAUCUGCAUAUAGUGAAGACGACUCCUCCAGAUUUGGUGGCAGCAGGAGUAGCAGCGAACUCAUUGACAGGGUCAUGGCGAGAGCCGGAGGAGAGAUUUUGCACACGGAUCUCAAGUGUGAAGAGGAUUGUCGGUCUGACUUAGCUGGCACCUACGUUUCUGAGGAUCUCAGUUCUCCAACGACAGAAGAACAAGUUGAGGCGUCUCCCAUGGAUGACACCGUCCUCCUUGUACCUUCACCCCAUGGCUUUAUCCAGACAUCAGACGACAUAGACAGUGAAUCUGUUUUGCCCCUAACAACACUAACAGAUCCUAUAUUGCAACACCAUGGAGAGAACUCCCAUAUCAUUGGCUCCUCUUUGGAUAGCCCUGGCUCUGAAGACUCCAAGGAUGUUGAAGAUUUAGUGAGCUGCCACUGAGCACAUCCCACAGUGCUGCAAAAAAUAAAAAGAACUGAGUGCUGAACCUCCUUUUCAAAAAAAAAGAAAAGAAAAGCAUUUGCUGAAACAGCUACAGCCCACCUU